GCCCAUCCAUUCUCUCAAACAGCCCUUAUAUCCCCAUCUCCCCUUGCUCCACCAUCUAACUUACUUCACCCUCCAUCAGGCGCCUCACUAAUCACUCAUCUUUCUCGUAAUUCAAUCCCCACCUCCGUAGGUGGACUCGAUCCAAUCCUUUUCUCCCGUCGUCAUCCACAACGUAUAAAACCCGGUUCCGUAAUCUCUGUCGUAUCCCAUACCACCCCAGCUCGAACCAAUACCAACGUCUUCUCAGGUGUAUUGAUGGGAAUCCGUCGUCGAGGUGUGGAUACUAGUAUAACGUUGAGGAAUAUCGUACAGAAAACAGGUGUUGAGAUGACUUAUAAGAUUUUCAGUCCUUUGAUCAAGGAGAUUAUCAUUGUCAAAAGGGCCGAUGGGAGUCUUGGAGGUUUGAGAGAUUUACAUAGGGCUAAAUUGGGUUGGUUAAGGGAAAGACCGGCAAUGAUGAGUCAAAUAGCGGCUGCUUUGAAG